AUGGCACCGUUAAUCCGCGUCAUCGGCUCCCUCAACGCCGACAUGGUCUCCGUGACCCCACGCUUCCCAGACCCCGGCGAAACAAUCACCGCAUCGUCAUACUUCAUCAGCGCCGGCGGGAAAGGCGCCAACCAGGCCGUCGCCUGCGGCCGGCUAUCGCGGCGGAAGCCCUCCACGGCCGCUGGCGCGACACGCACAAGCAGCGAGGACGCCGCCGAUGUGAAGGUGGAGAUGGUGGGCGCGGUGGGCGCGCUAGACGGGCACUUCGGAGCGCUCCUGAAGCCGACGCUGGAGAAGUCCGGUGUUGCGACGGCGCGGGUGCGGGAGGUCGAGGGGGCGUAUACGGGGGUGGCGGUGAUCAUCGUGGACUCGUCUGCGGGCGGCGAGAAUCGGAUUCUGUUCUCGCCGGGGGCGAAUUACCAGGGGAUGCGGGCGACGGCGGAGGUGGUGGGGAUGGGGCUUGCGGCGCCGGUGCCGGAUGUGAUUGUCAUGCAGGGAGAGAUUCCUGUUGAGACGGUGAUUGGGAUUCUACGGGACAUUGCAGCGUGGAAGGCGAGGAAUCGGGCGGCGGGGAAGAGGGGGGUUGAGGCCGGGCCGGAUGUGAUGUUCAACCCGGCGCCGGCGCCGCCGGGCGGUCUGCCAGAGGAUGUGUAUGCUGCUGUGGACCAUUUGAUUAUGAAUGAGACCGAGGCGGAGUUGAUGAGUCCGCCAGUUGAGCAGUUGCUCAAGGUUGUUCCUGGAGCGGAGGGAGCGGAUGGGAAUGAGAAGGUGGCUCGGUACUUCCACCAGCUGGGGGUGACAUAUGUUCUGAUCACGCUGGGGUCCAAGGGCGUCUGGUACAGUGCGACGGAUGCCGGAACCUCCGGGCCUGUGGAUGGCGUGAGGAGGUUUGCGAAGCUGAUUCCGGCCGCAAAGGUCAGCAAGGUGUUAGAUACCACGGCGGCCGGGGAUACGUUUGGGGGCGCAUAUGCUGUUGAGGUGGCGCGAUGGCGCGAGUCACGACGAGCCGAGGGCAAAGCUGGACUGGAUGUGGCUGCAGAGGAAAAAGUGUCGCGAUAUCAGGACUUUAUGGACCAUGCUCUGGGUCUGGCAACUCGUGCAUCUGCUCGCUGCGUGGAGCGACAGGGAGCGAUGGACAGCAUUCCGUGGGAGGACGAGAUAUGA